CGCAAGGCCCGCAACACGCGCUUUUUUCUUUUUACUUUAUUUUUUUUUAUUUUGCUCCUCCGAUUUUCGAAAUUCCCAUGUGAACCUUUCUGUGUGCCAGCCCACACACACCAUAAAACACACUACUCAUUCAUCAAACCCUCUCACUCCUUUAUUAUUUAUAAAUCUCGCAUUCUCAUAAAUCACACAUUCAUCAAACCCUAUCACUCCUUUAUUAUCUAUAAAUCUCGCAUUUCUCAUUGUAGUAGACAUAUUGUCAGAGGACUCUGUUAGUAAACAAAGAAGAAGAAAUGGAGAAAUUCCUGGUUGUACUGUUGGCUCUAUGCGUGGUACCCUCCAUUGUUAGCGCCAGUUUCAAUGGCGAUCAGUUGAUGCUGAAGGGAUCCGUAUACGGCGACACCUGCCUCUGUGGCUACGAGACCAAAGCUUCCAGACCACUCGCUGCUGCGGUUGGUAAAAUUCUGUGCACAAAGAGGACGGACCCUACUCAAGUGACCUACCAAAAGGAGUUUGUGACCAAAAGCGACGGCACCUAUGAAGUCCUCAUUGAUGGCGACUUUGGCAAUGAUGUUUGCAAUGUCAUUGCUGUUAAGAGUGCGGAUCCGGAAUUUGGCAAGCCCAGCUCGGGCCGUGACCAGGCCCGUGUCAUCCUCACCCGCAACAAUGGCAUGAGCACCAAUGUCAGGUUUGCGAAUGCCAUUGGGUUUGACAGGUCAAGCCCGUUGGACAUCUGUGGUGAGAUCCUGAAGCAGUAUGAGGAGACCGAGACCAAUGUUUGAGAAAGUUAAAUGUUUGAGAAAGUUAUAUGAUUUGGGGGCUACAUGAUUAUUAAUUAGUUUUUUUUAAUAACAUUUUUAAUCUUAUUGUUAUACUGUUUAUGUUUAUUUAUCAAUCUAUUGAUUAUGUUAUGUUUGUUUAGUUUGUCGGUGUUUUUAUAUGGGCCAAAUUGUUGUGGUGUCAUCUCACUCACUAAAUUGUGAUUUUCUGGUAUUUACAGAACUUAUAGCUAUUUAUCAUCUCAUGUGGUGUUAUCGUUGUGUUCUGUUAUUUCUUGGACUUGUUAUAUUUUUAUUGCAAAUGGAGCUGGAAGAGU